UUUUCUCCCCCGGCACCCCGCGCAGCCUCUUCAUUGCGGCGACGGCGGCGAAGCGGGUGGUCCUCUACAACCAUGUCGGGGCGAUUGUUGGGCUCCCUGUUCAAGCUGGCGUCUUCUCUCAGGGACUACAUGCCGAGUCUCGUCACGGGCGUGCUCAUGCCCGUGAUGAUCGCGUGCGCUCAGCCCCUGUUCGGCCUUUUCGCCUUCCACUGCCCCUGCACGUCGCCAGAGAACUGGAGCUACACGCUCUGGGCACUGGCGGCGCCGUUCGGAGUCGUCUCGGUCGUGGGCUUCACGAUCCAGCUGUGCACGACCCUCAGAGCCGCGGACACCCUGGCAAGGAAGUACGGCUGCGACAACUGCUGCUGCCGGUUCGUGUUCUUCGUCGGCGCGUCUCUGUUCAGGAACGUGACGUUCAUGUUCGCCGCGAUGGCGUGGCCCAUCCUGGCGCUCUUCGACGGCAGCUACGUCGUCUGCGGCGGCACCGAGGUCCUAGACUGGACUCGCUUUCCCGCGCUGGGAAACUUGAGCCACCUGGGCGAGAGGCAAAGGCGGAGCAUGCUGGCCCGAGUCCCCUGCAAGGAGCUCAAGGAGCCGUUCCCGGGGCUCGUAACCAACGAGACCCACGACGACAUUCGCGAGCAAAUCGCCUUGUUCCUGCGCGCAUCUUCACAGGAUAUCAAGGCGCAGCCGAGGUAUGGAGAGUAUCCAGUAUGGGGCAUGGAGGUGUCGCUGCUUUUGGCAGAUGACGUUGUCCUCUUUACCUCGUCAAUCUGUGAUCUCCAGCAUGCACUUGAAUGGUUUGAUGCCGAGUGUGAAGCGGCUGAGAUGAGAAUCAGCACCUCCAAAUCUGAGGUCAUGGUUUACUCCCGGCAGAUGGUGGAUUGUUCUCUCUAGGUGAGGGGAUCUCUUUGGCAAGUGAUGGUAAGUGGGAGCGGGAGAUUGGCCGGCGGAUUGAUGCGGCAUCAGUGAAGCAGACGCUGAUUUCUCGAACAAAGCUUGCAGUUUACAGGUCGAUCUACAUUCCCCCCCUCACCUAUGGUCAUGAAAUUUGGGUAAUGACCGAAAGGAUGAGAUUGCGGGUAUAAGGGGCCGAAUUAAGGUUUCUCCACAGGGUUGCCGGGCUCACUGUGAUGGGGUGAGGAGCUCGGUAAUCCGGGAGAGCCACCGUCGAGCCGCUGCUCCUCUAGAUCGAGAGGAGCCAGUUGAGGUGGUUCAGAUACCUGGUAAGGUUUCACCCCGUAGACUCCCCCUGGAACUCUACUGAGCACAUCCCACUGGACGAAGACCCCGGGGCCAGCUCAGGACACGCUGGCAGGGCGAUAUUGCCCGGCAGGCC